CACUUUUCCACCGCGCGGGAUGCUGGGAUCGGAAAACCAUAAUGGCGGUCGCCUAACGUGUUCGAAAGUUUCCACUUUGACGUUUGAAUUCUUCGAGUAGACACCAGAAUGAAUGCCCCCGAGCCGUUUGAACCCUUUCUCUUACUAGAUGGAGAUAAAAAGAUAACGAUCACUAAAGACACCAAGGUCCCAAAUGCCGCGCACUUUGUCGUGAACAAGGAGGAUCAUACCCUGGGUAACUUACUGAGGGAACAACUCCUGAAGGAUCCCCAAGUGAUAUUUGCUGGUUACAAGGUGUCUCACCCCUUGGAACACAAGUUUGUGCUUCGUGUUCAGACGACAUCUGAUUAUAGUCCCCAGGAAGCCUUCACCCAUGCCAUUACAGACCUCAUCAGUGAGGUGUCAUUACUGGAGGAGAGAUUUAAGGCUGCUGUCCGUGACAAACAAGAAGGUAUCGAGUAAUGGAAGCGUUACAUCGAUGUUGAACUGAGAUGUCUUCAUCAUUUGGUACACAUUCGGCAGAUGGGAUGUUCUGUAAAUAUGUAGUUGUACAAAGAUAAUGCCAAUAAAUAGAAGGUCGAAAUAA